UACUCUUCAGUAACGGAUAUACACACAUAUUUCUAUUGACUGGCUUUAAAGGAAUCGUUAAAUAAAAAAAAUAAUCUUUAAUCAUGGGUUGGUUUAGUGGACGCUGUUAUAGUGAUGCAAAAUUAAACGGUAAAACAAUAAUUGUCACCGGAUGCAACACCGGAAUCGGCAAGGUUACCGUGGAGGAAUUUUAUAAAAGAGGAGCAAAAGUUAUCAUGGCCUGUAGAGACGUUGGAAAGGCCGGGGAAGCUAAGAUUGAUAUAAAAGAAACUUGUAAAAAUUCACCAAACAAAGGCGAACUCAUCGUUGAAGAAUGUGACUUAUCCUCUUUUAAAUCGAUUAGAAAAUUUAGUCAAAAGAUUCUCAAAAGUAAAACUGAAAUUAACGUUUUGGUGAACAACGCUGGAGUGAUGAUGGCCCCUCGAGGAGAGACGGAAGAUGGUUUUGAAACUCAUUUCGGUACAAAUCACCUCGGACAUUUCCUCCUUACAAUGCUUUUACUGCCCAGGAUAAUUAAAAGCACCCCAGCAAGAAUAGUUACUGUAUCCUCUAAAGCACAUUCGUUGUUUAAUUUACAUUUGGAGGACCUGAACUAUACACUAAGACCAUAUAAUUCUGCUGAGGCAUAUGCACAAAGUAAAAUAGCAAAUAUUUUAUUUUCGAGAGAACUAUCCAAAAAACUCAAGAGUUACAAUAUCCAAGGCAUAAACACUUACAGCCUCCAUCCGGGUUUAAUUAAAACUGAUUUAUAUCGACAUUUGAAUAGCCCGAUCAGAAGUUUAAUAAGAACCAUUGUCGUGGAUUACAUUUUCUAUCCAUUUUCAAAAACUAUAGAAAUGGGAGCUCAAACUACUGUUUACUGCGCUAUAGAUGAAAAAUGUUCCAAUGAGACCGGUCUUUAUUACACUGACUGCGCAGUGACGUCACCAAGUACACAUGCUCUAAAUGAUGAAAAUGCAAAAAAAUUGUGGGAUAUGUCGAUGGAAAUGGUGGGAUUAAAGGAUUUUAAUCUAUUCACCUCCGUUUAUUGACUUCAAGCUGCUGCCAAGCGAUAAGCUCUAUUUACACAAAAAGCACGUUCCACAAUUAAUCUACAUAGUUAUUUUAAUUAACCUUAUUUUAAUAAUGAAGACAAAUAUUAUUUAUAAAAUGACAAAGAAAUGUAAAUAUAAAAUUUUAAUCAAAAGUAAUUAAAGUCAGGAUAAUAAUUUUUAAAUUUAUAUAAACAAUACAGUAAAAAUAUUUU